CGAAUGGUCACGGAGAUGAGGGAUACAAUAUUACCGCUGUUGGAGGUCAAAACAGUGCCAGUUCUAGCCGGUGCGCCUUGCCGACAGCGCUCUUGGACUCGUACUACAACAACAUCGAUCGUUUGAACCCUGACAAUGUCGACGAACCCGAAGUGAUCGACUUAGUGUCCCAGUCUGAGUCUCAGGGCUCAUUAGCCCAGUCACAGCGGCCACGCGCUGAUAGCAGUGUUCUAUUUUGGUCGGACUCUUCCUCGCAAAGCCUAGAACAGAACGCGCCAAAAGAGUCGGACGUCGCGCCUGUGUCGAGCGUGUCACGCCGCGAGCUUGAAGAGUCGGGGCGAGGCGACCUGGAGGAGCCCCGAAACAUUGAGGAACGUUUACUCGAGAUAGUUGGCGACUCUUUGGAUCAUGAUGCUGAUGCACAUGAAGAGAGGCGAGCGUCUAUCGCGGGCGAUCCUGACGAGCCUGCUUUGCAUCUUGAUCCUGGCAGCGACGAGAAGGACGUCGAAAGCGAAGAGGACCCACGCGAGUGCGAGCUGGAAAAGUAGUCGCUUGGCCUCACAUGUUUGAAAGAUUUCUGUACUAACUCUGUCGCUACUGCUGUUCUUGUGAUAAGCACAAAAUUAUUCUUGCUGCACCGAGAAUCAAGGUCAACCUCAACGCGAACAUUCACAUUUGUGCAUUUCUAUUCAGUCCAACGCCAGGAAAACGAGUGAUCAAUGAAUUGCUAGUACACAACAUGAUGCUUUUGGUUUACAGACUACUAUUAGAUCAGAGCAGUCCCUAUUCCAUACCGCGGAUACACGCUAGCGACCACUGCGGAGACGUUUUUUUUUUCAAUUUGAUAUGUUUCUAAGAAGAAAGUUUUUUUAGCUGC